AACGAUGGGAUCGACGGCUGAGAGCUACAUCAAGGAGUUUACCCGACACUCCACCGACAUGAUGCUGAAUCUGAACGAGAUGAGGAAGAGGGAGAUGCUGACUGACGUCCAGCUCCUGGCUGAGGGGCGACAGUUCCGGGCACACAAGGCCGUGCUGGUGGCCUGCAGCGGUUUUUUCUACUCGAUCUUCGCCAACCAGUCGCGGCGGCCUGUCGACCUGGUGAGCCUGCCGGUGGGGGUGAGCGCGGAGGGGUUCCGCCUGCUGCUGGACUUCAUGUACACGUCCUGCCUGCCGCUGGAGCCGGCCACGGUGGCCGAGGUGCUGACCGCUGCCGGCCACCUGCAGAUGGAGCACGUGGUGGAGGCGUGCCGCAGUUACGCACACUUCAGGGCUCCUCUCGGCCUCUCGGCCCUCAAGAGCCGGGAUCCUCCACCAGCGGCCGGGCCGCUGCCCCCCGCGGGCUCCGUCUCCGUGCUGCCCUGGGUGCCGGUAGGCUGCGGCCUACGCCCAGACUCGGCCUUCCGUUUCCCGGGCGGUUGGCGGGGCCCCUGGCUGGGCCUGCGCCGGUGCCCGGAGCCUCCACUGCCUCCGCUGCCGCUGCCGGCCACGGGCGGAGAGAGCCGCUGCAAGCCCUCGCCCCCUCUCCCCGACAGCCCCCAGCGUCCCGGCCUGCGGCCCAGCUCGCCCACCGAGUCGAGGAGCGCUGGCAACGGCCGGGCCCAGGCUCCAGGCCCGGCCUACCAGGCCCAGGCUCCAGGCUCGGCCUACCAGGCCCAGGCUCCAGGCUCGGCCUACCAGGCCCAGGCUCCAGACCAGGCCCAACCCCAGGCUCCAGACCAGGCCCAGGCCCAGGCUCAGGCUCCGCACAAGGCCCGCAACUGGAAGAAGUACAAGCUGAUCGUCCUCAACUCGCUGAGCCAGGCCGCGCAGGCCCGCAGCCAGGCCCCGGGUGCCGAGGAGAUGGAGGAGGAGGAGGAGGAGGAGGAGAGCAGCCGGUCUUCGACGGAGUCCCAGAGCUACUCCGACUGCUCCGUGUGUUUCGAACGCUCCUCGGAAUUCUGCCACCACGUCCUGGAUCCCCGCCCCGGGGGGGAGACUCCGGAAUACCACUCGGAAUUGUCGGACAGCGGCUCGGAGACGGGCGCGCUCUCCUGCCGAUCGUGCCGGCUGAAGAUGGCCGACGAGGACCGUCUGCAGCAGCACUUCCUGCUGGUCCACCGAGACGACAAGCCGUACAAAUGUGUCAUGUGCCGAGCGGCUUUCCGUUACAAGGGCAACCUGGCUAGCCACAAGACCAUUCACACAGGGGAGAAACCGUAUCGUUGUGACGUCUGUGGCGCGCAGUUCAACCGGCCGGCCAACCUGAAGACGCACGCCCGCAUCCACUCCGGGGAGAAACCGUACAAGUGUGAGACGUGCGGGGCCAGGUUUGUGCAGGUGGCCCAUCUCCGAGCUCACGUGCUGAUCCACACCGGCGAGAAGCCCUACCCCUGUGAAACGUGCGGGACGCGUUUCCGACACCUCCAGACGCUCAAGAGCCACAUCAGGAUCCACACCGGAGAAAAGCCGUACCACUGUGAGAAAUGCGACCUCCACUUCCGCCACAAGAGCCAGCUGCGCCUCCACUUGCGGCAGAAGCACGGAGCCAUCACCAACACCAAGGUCCGCUACAAGGUGCUGCCGCAACCCUGCCCGCAGCCCUGCUAGAGACGGUGGUCCCGGCCCCCCCUCCGCACGGUGGCGCUGCGUGCUGUCUGCGCGGAGUUUGCACGCGCUCCCCGUGACCCCGCGUGAGUUUUCUCCUCCCCCCCCCCCCCCCCC